GGUGGCUGGGACACCAUGUCGCCGGCCCUCGCCGCCACCCUGCUGUCCCUCCUCUCCGUGGCCCUCCAGGGGAGCCCCCCUGCCCUCCCGUCCAACCUCUCCCGCGUGAGUGGUGGCACGUCAGACCUGGAUUCAGUGUGCGGACGCCCGCGUGUGUCCGGCCGCAUCGUGUCGGGGCAGGACGCCCGGCCGGGCCGAUGGCCGUGGCAGGUCAGCCUGAGGGAGAGCGGGCGGCACGUGUGCGGUGGCUCCCUGAUCACCGAGGACUGGGUGCUGACUGCAGCCCACUGCUUCGACCAGAAGCAGCCGCUGUCCAUCUACACAGUGCUGCUGGGCUCCAUCUCCUCCUACCCCCAGGCCGGGGAGCCCUGGGAGCUCCUGGCGGUGGCCCAGUUCAUCAAGCACCCCGAGUACUGGGCCGAGAACAACAGAGCGGACGUCGCCCUGGUGCGGCUGGCCUCGCCUGCCACCUUCAGUGACCUCAUCCUCCCCGUCUGCCUCCCUACGGCUGGGGACCUCCCGGGUCACGGCACGUGGUGUUGGGUCACCGGCUGGGGGAACAUCGCCACAAGUCAACCGCUCCCCCCGCCCUUCACCCUGCAGGAGCUGAACCUGCCCCUCAUCGACGCCCAGACUUGUAACAGCUACUACCUGGGAAGUUCCGGCGCCGCCGCAGGCGUGGAGCCCGCCAUCCUCCCGGACAUGCUGUGCGCCGGCUUCGAGACAGGCCAGCAGGACGCCUGCGGGGGUGACUCCGGAGGCCCCCUGGUGUGCGACGUCAGUGGAGUCUGGACCCAGGCAGGCGUGGUGAGCUGGGGGUCUGGCUGCGCGCUCCCGAAAAGGCCGGGGGUGUACAUCAAUGUCAGCGUCUACGCCGCAUGGAUUGCCAACACCAUCCACGGCUCAGCCCUGGACGCCGGACACUUCUCUCCGGACCGUGCCGGGCUCCUCGCCCCUACCACGCUGCUGGCUCUGUGCCCGCUGGGGAACGCGCUGGUGUCCCUGGGCCUCGCCUAAGCGGGCAGCCAGCCUUGCAGCCUUGGCCUCUGUUUUUUAAAUGUGCCCUUUCCCGGCAGCCUGCCAGCUUCUUACAGGACCUCCCUGGACAGCCCGCCCUCUGUCCCCAGGGACCUUCUCUGGCCCCUCCCCCUCAGGAAGCCACCCCGUACCCAUGUCUCCCCCACUUCACACCCCGUGGCCCCACCUUUGGAGUGUCCCCCACAGGCUUUAGGCUGCCCUCAUCCCCCCUCCCCACCAGCCUGUGAGCCCCUGGGGACAGAACCUCGUUUCCCGUUCCGCAGCCAAGUCCGAGUCCCAGCGUGCACCCAUGCUGGGGGUUCCUUUGGGGGGUCUCUGGGGCUCCUGGAACUGCGGUUUCAGCCCCCAGUGCUGGGCUGGGGCCUUUGCAGGCCAGUCCUUGUGAGACACAAUAAAGUCGAGCUGGCAAAGGA